UGCAGCACCGGGGAAUGAGCCAAUCAUAGACAGGAACGAGCCUGCCGUAAAGCGAGACUGAAUGAGGAGCUGUUUUUAACGUCUGAGUGGAAUUUUUGUCAUUUUUGACAUUGUUCGAGGUCAUUCCUAACAACGACGGCAACGUCAUCAUGUCAAACCCCACUCUGCUCAUACUGUAUGGGAGUCAGACCGGGACGGCCCAGGACACGGCCCAGAGGAUAGCCCGGCAGGCCCAGAGGAGGAGGCUGCUGGUUCAAGCGAUGCCUCUGGAUGACUACAACGUGGCCAACUUGAUCUCUGAGUCUGUUGUUGUGUUUGUGUGCUCCACUACUGGCCAGGGAGAUCCACCAGAUAACAUGAAGAACUUCUGGAGAUUUCUGUUUAGGAAGUCCCUACCUGCUGGCUCUCUGUGUCGACUGGACUUUGCGAUAGUGGGCCUGGGAGACUCCUCUUAUCCAAAGUUCAAUUUUGUGGCUAAGAAGCUUCACAAGCGCCUCCUACAACUGGGAGCCUCCCUGCUGCUGCCUGUCGGACUGGCUGAUGACCAGCAUGACCUGGGACCAGAUGCUGUGAUUGACCCUUGGCUAACAUCAUUCUGGGACAAGUUUUUUGCUCUGUACCCAUCUCUGAAAGAUUUGAACCCACUGAGGGAAGAUGAACCGCUCCCUCCAACCUACACUUUCCACUUCUUGGAUGAUGUAAAAGACGUGACAGAUGAUAGGCUGAGGAUUCCCACUGAGCAAACUAAACCUUCCCAGUCUCAUCCCUUUCCCGCCAGACUGCUUUCAAAUAAAAGAGUGACAGAUGUGGCACACUUCCAGGAAGUGAGACACAUUGAGUUUGACAUCACCGGAUCUAACAUUGAGUUUACUGCUGGUGAUGUGGUGAUGAUGUAUCCUUGUAACGCACCAGAAGACGUACAUCAAUUCUGUCAGUUGCUGAGAUUAGAUCCAGAGUCCAGGUUCACUCUCAGGCCGUCAGACAACACUGCAGUUCCAGCCAGGCUUCCUCAGCCGUGUACCAUACGUCACCUGGUGGAGAAAUACUUGGACAUUGCUGCAGUUCCUCGCCGCUCCUUCUUCGAGCUGCUGGCGACCUUUGCCACCAAUGAGCUGGAACGAGAGAAACUGGCUGAGUUCAGCUCAGCAGCCGGCCAGGACGACCUACACAGCUACUGCAACCGACCCCGACGCACCGCCCUGGAGGUCUUGGCAGAUUUCCCUCAUACUACAGCAGAACUCAGAGUGGACUACCUCCUGGAUCUUUUCCCUGAGAUCCAGCCUCGCUCUUUCUCCAUUGCCUCCUCUCUACAGGUUCACCCUAACAGGCUUCACAUCUUAGUAGCUGUGGUCUCUUACAAAACCAAGUUGUAUAAACCACGAAGAGGUCUGUGCUCCACCUGGUUAGCCUCGCUGGACCCUGAACAAGGGGAGGUCUAUGUGCCUUUGUGGGUGAAGAAGGGAAGUCUGAAGUUCCCUAAAGAGAAGGACACCCCUGUGAUAAUGGUGGGACCUGGAACAGGGGUGGCACCCUUCAGAUCAGCUCUACAGGAGAGGACAGCUGAAGGAAAAACUGCCAAUGUCCUGUUCUUCGGCUGCCGAUCACAGUUCAAAGACUUCUACUUCAGCUCAGAGUGGGAGGAGAUGAUAAAGGCUGGACAGUUGAGCCUCUUCACAGCCUUCUCACGAGACCAGGAGGAGAAGGUGUAUGUGCAGCAUCGUGUACUAGAGAAUGCUAAACUCCUGCAGGACCUGAUUGUCAAUAAAAGUGCCUACUUUUACAUUGCUGGAAACGCUAAACAGAUGCCAACCAGUGUGCGUGAUGCUCUGAAGGAGGUGUUCCAGCAGGAAGGUGGAGUCUCUUCUGAGGAUGCUGAGCAGAUGCUAGAUGCUAUGGAGAGGUCAGGUCGACUACAGAGUGAGACCUGGUCCUGAUCAUGACCUACACCCAGUAUACUUGAAGAUUUGCAGAUAUUGAUCAAUAUGUCUGAAGAUGAAGGUCUUUCAAUGGUUUUACCAACUGUAUAUUUUACAAAAUCAUAUAAAUCUAUGUAAAGGUCUUCACUGAUGUUAUUGAGUGAAUGAAGCGAGCUGAAGUUACAUUAGAGUACAGCUACUCCCCUUCAUAUCUAAUAAAUAAUCAACCAGUUCUUAUUAUAACAAGGAUUCAACAAGUGAUUAAAUUUAUUUCAACU